AAAAUGGCCGCAGCAACGCUCCAAUGUUGAUCACGUGGUAAGCGACAUUCGACCUUCGUAGGCUCAAGCACAGGCAGAAAGAUGUGAAAGAAGUGGAUUUCUGCAAGUUGUCAGGAUAAACGGACUCUACUUUACAAGCAUAAUGAGAGUUGUAAUAGGCGGAGGCUCGGGGUUUGUGGGUCGUGAGCUGACACGUUUGCUGAAAAGCAAAGGUCAUGAAAUCACAAUCAUAUCCAGGCAGCCUGGUCCAGGAAAAAUAACAUGGGCUGAUGUAGAAUCAGGAGGCCUCCCGCCAUGUGAGGGCGCUGUGAAUCUAGCAGGGGAGAGUAUUUUGAACCCUUUGAGAUGGUGGAAUGAAAGUUACAAAAAGGAUCUGUUCUCCAGCCGAAUAAACACCACCAGAAUUCUUUCCCAAGCUAUUGCUGCGUCACCUACUCCACCACAUUCAUGGGUGCUUGUUACAGGAGUAGCGUGUUAUAAACCCAGUCUUCAAACCCAGUACACUGAACAGAGCGACUGGACACCAUUUGACUUCCUGUCUCGCCUGGUGAAAGAGUGGGAGGGGGCAGGACAACUUCCUGAAAACAGUGCUCAGAAAACAAGACAAGUGAUCAUCAGACCAGGUGCGGUGUUAGGGCGUGACGGUGGUGCCAUGAAACAGAUGAUGAUUCCCUUUUGGCUUGGCCUGGGCGGGACGCUUGGCUCGGGACGACAGCCCUUCCCUUGGAUCCAUGUUUCAGACCUUGCUGGCAUCAUUGCUCAUUCCUUAGAGCUCCAUGAAGGACCAUCAUCCACAGAGCCAGAUGUAUUUAAUGGAGUCGCGCCUGCAUUGAAUACAAAUUUUGAAUUCACUAAAGAGUUGGGCAGGGCUCUAAAAAGACCUACUAUCUUCCCUGUGCCUGGCUUUUUCUUGGAUGUCGUCCUCGGUUCUGAGAGAGCUGUUAUCCUCACACAAGGCCAGAAAGUGGUGCCCAAGAGAACUCUUGAGUCAGGGUUUAACUUUCAAUACCCAGAUCUUACUUCUGCUUUAAAAGAAAUUGUUGGAUAAUGCGAGUGAUCAGUCAAAAUAGAGACGUGAGGAGAUUCUUUGGGUACACUUUAUUUUAAGGUGACGUAGUUACAAUGUGCUUACUCAAAUAAGUACUGAGUAAUAUUAAUUAACUGCAUGUACUUGCUAUAGAGUUACGGUUAGGUUUUGGUUUAGGGUUAGUUAUUUGUAAUUAUGCAUAAUUUUCUGUUAUUACUGUAGUAAGUACAUGUUGUAAAGUGUAACUGUCACCUUAAAAUAAAGUAUUACCAAUUCUUUUAUGCAUACUAGUGCAGUUAUAACACACUUUUUACAUUUAAAUUAAGCAUAUAAAAAAUAAAGCUUGCUUGUACAAAAACGACAAAUACAUUUAAAUAAUUUUAUUUAUAGUAUCUACUUGGAAAGAAACAAUGUUCUCCGUUCCUUUUGAUUGUCCGUCCCUCAUAGGAACAAGUUGUCUGUGUGUACAAAAUGAGAACUGCAUUUGUAAAUAAAUGUCUACAUGAAACA